UUUGUUGACAAAGUGACAUUAUUUUAACAAAAUCCCCUUCUCCUUUUCUGACCUUAAAUUGAAACAAACUUCCUCUGUACAAGCAAAGCAAGAAGCUUUUCUUUCUUUCUUUCUUUCUUUGUUCAAAUUUUAGCUUUGAGUUUGGGUUUAAUCUUAAAAAAAAAAAUUGUUUUUUGUUGAUGGGUUUGCCUCAAACUCCUUCUCCUCCUCAUCUUUACCCUCAAGCACUUCAACUUAAGCUUUAUCAAGCCUUCAUAUUCUCCAUUCCAAUCCUCUUCUCCAUUAUUCUCUUCCUUCUUUUCUACUUAUUUUAUCUCAAAAGAAGAGCUUCCUCUCUCUCUUCUUCUUCUUCUUCAUCUCCUCCAAUACUUCCAACUACUUCCAAUACUCUCACUCUCUAUGUUACCACUGCUUGUCAAGUGGAUUUGAAGGCAGAUAAUCUCAUAGAAAAACUUCCCAAGAUCCAAUUCGAUGAAGAACUAAAGACUAGAGAUUCUCUGUGCUGCGUUUGCCUGGGAGAAUUUGAGAUAAAAGAGCAAUUGUUGCAAGUCCCAUCAUGCAAACAUGUGUUUCAUAUUGACUGUAUGAACCACUGGCUCAUCUCCAACUCAACUUGUCCUCUCUGUAGAUGCUCAGUCAUCCCAACGACUCGAUGUUCUGAUCCGCCCGGCAUUGCUCCGCCACCACCACUGGCUGGCUCAUCAGAGCUUCCUCCAACUUCCAACCAGACUGCAGAGAUGGGAUCAUAUUCACUCCAACAUCUGCAGCUGCAACAACAGCAACAGGAAGGAUCAAGUCAGAGUAUAUGCUAAGUGCAAUAAUCCAACCCUGCAUUGGAAUCACGGGUUUAAAUGAACAAAUAACUCAAGAGUUACUCCCAUGGAGGGAGGACAAGAUGUCCUCCAUAUUCAAAACGUGUGUAUAUAUAUAUAUAUAUACAAGCUUUUUGCAACCUCCCAUUGUACUUGACAGCUAGCCAGGCAUUGUGAUCUUCAGACAGCCAAAAUAGUCCUGUUUAAGAUCAAAA